AUGUUCACUCAGCGCCUUGGAAUUUAUAUUUUCUUGGGAUUUAUUUCCCUGUCGGUGGCCUAUAAAAUAACACCCAUUGUAACACAAGAAGGCAUUCCCGAUUUCCUGAAUAUAACCACUGAACCCUUUGUAAGGCUAGGCAAUAACUAUUACUAUUUUCGAAGCAAUAUCAUCACGAACUGGUAUGAUGCCUACCAAUCCUGCAGGGAUAUGGGCGCCGGCCUUAUCGAUUUUGAAAGCAUCGAAGAGUGGAACCUGAUCAAUAACUAUCUUAAUGACACGGGAAUCUAUAAGAAAUAUUGGACCUCGUCAAACCUCUUAGCGGAUAAAAAGAAUGUAACCAAUCGGACUUGGUUUUCCACUGGAAAACCCAUGACCCUGGAUAUUUGGUAUCCGGGAGAACCGAACAAUUUGGGAGGCAAUGAGUUGUGCGAUGAAAUGGGCAGAUAUGGGACUCCUAAAUUUUGGGGAUUGAAUGACGCGAAUUGCUAUGACAAGCUUUGCUUUAUCUGCAAGGCCUUAAAGCCGGCAACAGCAUCGUUUUUAGUUUGGUAA